GUUAUUGGUAACGUAAAUGAGAACUCUCUUCCGGGACGCGCGCGCCCGUGAGGCUGGAAGACACUUCAUUGCUCCGGAUCCUGUAAACAGAGAGGAAGUGACGUUCCGGAGAACAAUAACAACAACGCCAGUAACAAUACGGAGGAGCCGCGGCAGAUUGUUCUGAAGUCCAGAUCUCUUCAAAGACUGCUUGACUGGUUGGAAAUUAUGCUAGUAAACCACUACCAACUGGAAACCAUGAAGCAACAUUUUACAUAAUUGAGAUUGAAAUUAUGGCAUCUUCAACAAAUCUAGAUGUUGGGGCACAGAUAAUUGUGGAAGAGUGCACCAGCAGCUAUAGUCUGUCUCACAUGCCAGACAUUAAAGUAGAGCAUCAGCUUGACUCCACCACUGAAGAAGGCCCAGCUCAGAGUGUCGCCAUGGGAAUGAAAUUCAUUUUGCCUAAUAGAUUUGAUAUGAAUGUCUGUUCUCGGUUUGUGAAGUCAUUGAAUGAAGAAGAUAGUAAAAAUAUUCAAGACCAGGUCAACUCUGACCUUGAAGUGGCAUCUGUCUUAUUUAAAGCUGAAUGCAACAUCCAUACUUCCCCUUCUCCUGGAAUUCAAGUAAGACAUGUCUACACCCCAUCAACAACUAAACAUUUUUCGCCCAUAAAACAGUCAACUACUUUAACUAACAAACAUAGGGGAAAUGAGGUCUCUACAACACCUCUCCUUGUAAAUUCUCUGUCAGUUCACCAGCUGGCUGCUCAAGGGGAAAUGCUUUAUUUGGCCACACGUAUUGAACAAGAAAAUGUAAUCAACCAUAAAGAUGAAGAAGGUUUUACCCCUCUGAUGUGGGCCGCAGCGCAUGGGCAGAUAGCAGUGGUAGAGUUUCUGCUUCAGAAUGGUGCAGAUGCUCAGAUUUUGGGGAAAGGGCGAGAAAGUGCACUCUCAUUGGCCUGUAGUAAGGGAUACACAGAUAUUGUCAAAAUGCUGCUUGAUUGUGGAGUUGAUGUAAACGAGUAUGACUGGAAUGGAGGGACACCUCUUCUAUAUGCAGUACAUGGAAACCAUGUGAAAUGUGUAAAAAUUCUCUUAGAAAAUGGUGCUGAUCCAACUAUUGAGACAGAUUCUGGCUAUAAUUCCAUGGAUUUGGCUGUGGCUUUAGGCCAUCGGAGCGGAUUGCUUUCAUUUUUGGACAAGCAUGUUGGAAGCAGUAUCAUCACCAAUGAAAGAUGCAGUCAAACAGAGUUUAUCCACAAUUUCAGGAGGAUGGAAACAAGAAAAGGCUGAUCAUGUGAUGACUGCUCCAGUCCUUCACUCCUACACCAGAAAGAUGGUUAGCAUUCCAGCACAGUUUCCCUGACCAUUGUGGACAGCAAUUUUUUCUCCAAACAAUGGUAUAAAACCAUGGAGUGUAGACAUAGCCUGGUAAUGGACAGAUCUUCAUUAGUAUUGUUAUAGCAGUUCCGCUUGCAUGCACCUCCUGCUGUGCAACAUGUAUGCUUUCAGGAAGUAUACUGCAAUGUCUGGCAACGAAUGUAUCAACUGGGUGAAUUAAGAAUCCAGUCACUUGGAACGUUAAAGAUCAAAGAUAUUGUUAGGGGUUAUUCCCAGGGAAGAUGUCUGAAUAGAUCUCUCAGUUGAGGUUGAUUUAUCACCAAAUGAAGCUAGCAGUUCUUUAGGCGUACAGGACUGAAGGGCACAUCCGUCUUCAACAGACAAGCACUGAUGAAGUCAACCAUGCACACAAGAGAAUUAGAGGAUCUGGGGAGAGCAGCAAAACUAGGUGGAAAGAAGGAAACAGUCUGGAACACAAAGUGGCCACAGCAGCAAGAGGGCCAGGAAGGUGAAUUGCAGCAGUUUAUCCACACACAGGUAUUUGUAUGGGUUUUGUGAAUUUCCUGCUGAAGGAGGCUAAGUAAUCCUGGGUACCCCAAAGAAAUUCUGAACUGUUAGAAAUCCAACAAGCAGCACUGCUUGUAUUGGUGGUAAGUUACUUGGACUCAUUUGUUCUGUGGAGCAGCUGCAUGAAAGGGUGGCGAAUACAGCUGGAUGACAGAUCUUUUCUUAGCCAGCACAAUUUUAUGAUAUGUUAGCAGUUUUAUUUCUCUGAUACAAAAUGUGCCCUUAGGGCUGGCAUUCUCUUCACAUACUGUAUCUUUGAAAUCCAGUUAUUUUCUUGCACGCAUCCUGGGAUAAUA